AGUUGUCCCCGGAACCCGAAGCCUCCGACCCGGUACGCGACCCCUUCGCCUCCAAUUCUCGGACCGCGAGCGAGAUCGCGACGCGGGGAUAUAUUGCUACCUUCAUCCUUUCACCUCGAAUCCCUGGGUCACCCGGAUCUCAGCCCGGUUUCUCAGCUCCCUUUCUCCAUAGAUUCAUUCGCCGCCGCUCGCUGAUUCGAAAUCGGCGCCGGGGAUUGCUUCCGAGGGACAUCAGCUGAGGUGCCUUUGCAAUAUACGGUUUCGUGCUCAUUCUUGCAUUCUAAAGAUGGACUUUUUAUGCAAGAUCAGCAGAUAUGGCUCCGCUCCUUGCACUAAGGUUUUUAAUGUUGCGUCGGAGAGCCUCGUAGCUUCUAUAUAGGGAUCAAGCUGGGUGGUGGUUUCUCCCUCUACUUAUGUAUUUUAAUAAGUAUGCUGAACCAUUCUCCAUCAAGCAAUUGCCAAAGUAAGCUUACACCAAAUUCUGGACCUCGCGAUUCAUAGGAGCCAUAAUCGUGCAAAAUUCUCAUUUUUUGACCAAGUGUUGCAGGUUAUUGAGUCAAAUGCAGACAUAUCUGGAAGAUGCUCCUGUUGGUCAUGGGUCCCCAAAGACUUCAAAAAAUAUUCGUAAAAGGUCAUUUGAUGUUGCUGAUGGUAAUGCAAAUGACGUGAACAAUCAUUCUACUGCAAGUCCUUCAAAUCAUUUGGUGCUUUAUGACCCUGGUACAAGUGGUACCGGUCAGGAUGCUCAUGCAGUUAAUGAUCUCAUGGAUAAUCAUACUUCAACAUCUAGAAACUUCCUAGCACCAAUUUCUUCUGGCCGUACUUUUCCAUCCAUUGGGACAUUUACAGUCCAAUGUGAUUUAUGUUUCAAAUGGAGGAUCAUUCCAACAAAAGAGAAAUAUGAACAAAUACGUGAACACAUAUUAGAAGAGCCUUUUAUAUGUGAACAUGCUCGUGAGUGGCGUCUUGAUAUUUCAUGUGAAGAUCCUGAAGACAUAUCGCAGGAUGGCAGUAGACUCUGGGCAAUUGAUAAACCUAACAUCGCCAAACCACCUCCUGGCUGGGAAAGAUUGCUUAGGAUCAGAGGCGAAGGAGGCACAAAAUUUGCAGAUGUGUAUUAUGCUGCACCAUCUGGGAAAAGACUGCGGUCAAUGGUCGAGAUUCAAAGGUAUUUGCUUGAACACCCAGAGCACGGACAAGGGGUAACUCUCUCCCAGUUUUCAUUUCAGUCCCCUAGGCCUCUACAAGAGAACUAUGUCAGAAAACGUCCUGCACGUUUGACAAAUUCUUGUAAUGACCCUGAUACAGUACUGCCAAGGCCAACUGAACCUGAAGAGGUGAAUCCCUUAUCUUGGGCAGCUCCUCCUACACAUAAAGAGCUUUUAACUGGUGGACCAGCUUCAUCAAGUCCUCGACAAAACGAAGACCCAACACUGACGGCAGCUACACCUUCAUCAGAACAAAUGUGUGGUAGUUCUGUUAAUGAUCAACCCAAGAUGAAGCUAGAAGAUGGUGACCAUUCCAGGAAUCCUUUUGAGGUGUGAUGCUUUAUUCUGAUGUUGUUGCUAUUUUGGUUUCUUCUUAACUUUAAUGUCAUGGAGAAUGAAGGAUUGUACAAUACAUGACAAUGUUUUAACAGGGAGGUGUAUUUUCUUAAACUUUAAUAUGGGAAGCACAAAAUUGAUGGAACAGGAACACCAACAUCAACAUAUAUGAAGAUAUUAUGAUUAAGUCAA